UGCGCGUGAUUUCGACACCAGUCCUAUCCAUCUCAAGCGCGCGCCUGCUCGCGCAAUUUCCUCCACUCCCUGGUAAGCUUGCUUGAGCGUGUAGCCUGCGAAUUGGUGCUUCCACUCAAAAGCCACUGAUUCAACGAUCACAACCGAGACCGACUGUUUGGGCAACCACACCUUGACUGCGUAGGCUAUUGCGAUUAUUUACUCGUACUCAAACCAAGACUGCAGCAGCACGAGGAACAUGAGCUUUCAAAUGCAUCUGCUGGAAUAAUAUUUGCGUCUGCUACCUGUUCCAUCGAGGAAAGUUCGGUGUUGAGCGAGAGAUAUUACGUUUUCGGAUAUUCAUGUCAUUGGAGCUACAACAGUAGCCUGUAAUAGGCUUGAGAGUAUCAUCAUCCUCGAAAGCAAUUCAUUUGGGUAUACUUCUAGCCUACGGAAACGGACACUCGUUAAGAUUUUAACCAUUUUUGAAUUAUCAAGUCUACGGUUGUUAUAUUAUUAGUCUGUUCUACCCACGCGAGAGAGGAUGGGGACACGGCGUGUGUAGAAUUGAUAAAAACAAAGAAGGACACCCUAAUACAACUGAGGAACAUCUAUAAGGAAUGCCCCAAACUGUGUGCCCCAGCACUAUGUUUGCUCCCAGUGGCUUGGGCCCCCCUUUGGCCUCCGGUGAGGAGCCCCCUCAGGAGGGGCCGGGCCCCGAAACUGGAUUUGCCGAGAGCCCCCCCUUCUCUUCGGCCUCCCUGGACACCCUCAUACAGAACCUGGUGCCCACCACAGACUACUACCCUGAGAAAGCCUAUGUGUUCACAUUCCUGCUCAGUUCGCGCCUCUUUAUCCCCCCCCACGAGCUCCUGGCACGUGUCUGUGAGCUCUGCAUCCAGCAGCAGCAGCUAGAGCAGACACCCCUGGAUGCGGCCAAGGUGAAGAAGUUUGGUCCCAAAAUCCUGCAGUUGUUGACAGAGUGGACAGAGACCUUCCCCUCCGAUUUUCGAGAAGAGAAGAUGGUGGCACAUCUUAAAGACAUCAUCCACAGGAUAGCACCUUGUGAUGAGGCUUACAGGAAGAAGCUGAACCUGGUGCUCCAGAAUCUCAAUGCCAAGCUGGCAGCGAUGGCUCAGGGCGACGAGAGCAUCGUCAAGGUCACGGCCUCCGUCUCCGACAAACUGGUGGCCUUCAAGACCAAGCCGGCGCCCAUCCAGAAGGACAUGAUCAGCAUCUGCAACGACCCCUUCACUCUGGCCCAGCAGCUCACGCACAUCGAGCUGGAGCAUUUGAGUCACAUUGGACCUGAAGAGUUUGUCCAGGCUUUUAUACAGAAAGAUCCCCUGGACACCACCCAGCCUUGCUUCAGCGAACAGAGUAAAUCGUCCUCCAAUUUGGAAGCAUAUGUGCGCUGGUUCAACAGACUGUGCUACCUGGUGGCCACCGAGAUCUGCAUGCCUGCCAAGAAGAAGCAGCGUGCCCAGGUCAUUGAGUUCUUCAUUGAUGUGGCUCGGGAGUGCUUCAACAUUGGGAACUUCAAUUCCCUCAUGGCUAUCAUAUCUGGCAUGAACAUGAGCCCAGUCUCUCGCCUGAAGAAGACGUGGGCGAAAGUGAAGACGGCAAAGUUCUUCAUACUUGAGCAUCAAAUGGACCCUACUGGGAACUUCUACAACUACAGGACAGCCCUUAGAGGAGCAGCACACAGGUCCCACACAGCUCACAGCAACAGGGAGAAGAUCGUCAUUCCUUUCUUCAGCCUCCUCAUCAAGGAUAUCUACUUCCUGAAUGAGAGCUGUGCCAAUCGUCUGCCCAAUGGGCAUGUCAACUUUGAGAAAUUUGUGGAGCUGGCCAGGCAGGUGGGAGAGUUUAUUGCCUGGAAACAGGUGGAAUGCCCAUUUGAAGAAGACCGCAGCAUCCUGCACUACCUCCACACUGCACCCAUUUUCAACGAAGAUGGUCUUUAUCUGGCAUCCUAUGAGAGUGAAAGUCCAGAGAAUCAAGUGGAGAAGGACCGCUGGAAAUGUCUCAGGUCCUCCAUUCUUGGGAAGACCUGAGACAGACCAGGCAGCUACCUUUUAUGUGUAAUUUGGAGAGGGUAUUUAUUGCACUAGAAGAAACUGUGAAGGAACUAAGCUGGCUCUUAGAUGUGUUUAUAUAUGUAAUGAAGAACAAACAUACUUCACUACAAGAAUUGAUGAGCCGGAUUCAUCGUCAAAAACGACAUGUCAAAAAUGAGCAGUGAAACAUGAAUUGUAUAGGCUGUAACGGCUGAAGUAUUUGAAAUGUAGUGUGUGGAAGCAUUUUGUGUGUAUGGAUGUGUGUCUUUCCAUCAUUAUCUCUUGAGAAUUCUUCAGAAUUUAAAAAGAAAUAUAGUUACAGGGAAAAUGCAGCUUUUAAAACUUUUUAUUGAAAUUAUGAUGUGUUAUUUUUAAGGGUCUUUUGAACAAUACUGUAAUCUUGUAGUUGUAACUAAAUUAUUGUCCAGGGCGCUGGUUUGCCCAUGAAGUUGCCUGUUCAUAUUAGACAGGGGACCAUUACAUGCUGUACUGUCGUCAUAGAUUUGAGCAUACGUGUGCUGACGGGCAAGUGUAUGCCUGUGUGUGUGUGAAUGAGUGGGUGUGACUGUGUUUGGGCGUACAUGUGUGUGUUUGUGUUCAUUGCACUCAUUAUCUGUACACUGAGUCUCAGAACUGGACAUUACAGCCAUAAAGAUAACAUGAAAAGACCACAUGCUACCUGAAGUCACUAAGUAUGGGGCAAAUCAUUGAUAUACUAUGUUUACGUCAGAAAACAAGCUGUUCUGACUAUUUCACAGCUGAUGUGGCGUCUCUAAUACUCUUAUGUGUGUUUUUUCUGAUGUUUACCUUUUAAAAACAAAAACAAUCAAAUGAAGAGAAAUUGUAUAGUGUGUAUAAAGGACUUCCUGCCAAACUUCCUGUGUCACAGGGACUGCUCUACUCGACUGAUAUUCAGUUGUUUAACAUGUUCAUGAUUCUGUGAUAACAGAUGUUUGUUUUUAUUAUUUGGGUAUUUUUAUGUUAUUUCCUGAAAUGUUGAAAUGUUCUACCAGGAGGUAGUGACAUGCGGCCUCUGUUUUCAGUGGGCAUUAUGGUUGUACUUGAAAAUUGCAAGCGUUUUACCUUUGCAGUAGAAUCACGCAUACCAUUCUUAAGCCUUUUUGUAAAUAUAGUUUUUAAUGGUUUAAUGGAUCAUAGUGGCAUUUUUGGUGCAUAUGUUACCGAAUUUAGUUUUAGUCAUACUCCUCUAUGUGUCAUUCAUCUAAGCUCUCUUUUGGACCAUGACCUUGAUGUGUUUGUGGACCUUUGUUUUUCUGUAAAUAUAUAGUGUGCACAGGCAUAUGUUUGGGAUUUGUUUAUUUUCAUUUGAGGGUUAUUUAAAUAAAUAUUUAAGUGAUGUGUUAAUUUAAGCACAUUUUGUGUGCUGUUGUGAAGCCAUGACAUAAUUCCUGAAGCAUUAUCAACCUCAUUUUCCUCCCAUACAAUCUUCUGUGACAUUGAAGAAGCACUGGGCACACUGGAGUAGAGCUGACAUUCUCUUGCACCUGACUUCCAAGCCCCAUUAUGCACAGCCCCUACAGCACAGAGAAGCAAGGCUGCUGUUAAAGGAAAACCAGUUCAUUCAUUCAAAAGUACAUUCUACAGGUGUAUCAUUUAUGACAUUAUUCAUGUUACCACGGAAGUAUUGACUUUUAUUUCCAGAAUGACUGUGUAAUUACAGCCCAAAUGUGACAUAUGAAACUUUUGCUUCUUAUCAUGUCAUCAUCAGUGAGAUAUUCAUGAUAUACAACUGAGAGGAGCAUCUGUGCCUGUCCUAUUGAAGUUAACCACAUACAUUUCUAAUAGUUUAUGGGGGAAAAAUAACAAAAUGUAUUUGGUGCUAGAAGCUUGUGCUGGCAUCAUUUGGUUCCAUCAAUGGGCUCUUGGAAGAUGUCUCCCUCCAAACAUGCAGGUUCUCAAAAUGAACUUGAAGUCAAACUACUGUAAAUCCUAAAUCAGCAUUCCUGCUGCACUUCAUAGUAUGCCUACACAUGUACCUAAUCAGCAAGAAAUCUAUAUAGUGAAAUCUGUAGUGUUAUGUGGGCCUCAUAUUCAUUAUGAAUAAUCUCGCCAUAAUCUUAGAAAACUAAGCCUUUUUUGAGAUGGUUGCAUAACAACUCACAACUUGACAGAAUCCACACAGGUCACUGCUGUCCAUAUGAAGAAGUCAGGAACCUCCCCACCCCUUAUCAGUACUGUUGCUAUGUUUAGUGUUUCUCUCUUGCGCUGUGUUUUAACAGUAUUCGCCUAUCUUAUUUUUUUGUGUUGGUUUCUUUGUAUUACUCCUGCUUUGUACAGUAGACUUGAUAUUGAAACUGUCCUUUAAAAUAAAUUGGUUGGGCUGUA